GCACACAGCCAUCCAUCCUCCCCUUUCCCUCUUCUCCCCCGUUCUUCUCUCUAGGUCCCCCAUCUCCGCCCCGGGCCUGAGGGGCGCACCGGCCGCCACCAUGAGUUCGUUCGGCUACGAUCCGUACUUUUCGACCUCCUACAAGCGGCGCUAUGUGGAGACGCCCCGGGUGCACAUCUCCAGCGUGCGCAGCGGCUACAGCACGGCGCGCUCCGCGUACUCCAGCUACUCCGCGCCGGUCUCCUCCUCGCUGUCCGUGCGCCGCAGCUACUCGUCCAGCUCUGGCUCUUUGAUGCCCAGCCUGGAGAAUCUCGAUCUGAGCCAGGUAGCCGCCAUCAGCAACGACCUCAAGUCUAUCCGCACACAAGAGAAGGCACAGCUGCAGGACCUCAACGAUCGCUUCGCCAGCUUCAUCGAGCGCGUGCACGAGCUGGAGCAGCAGAACAAGGUCCUGGAAGCCGAGCUGUUGGUGCUGCGCCAGAAACACUCUGAGCCUUCCCGCUUCCGCGCCCUGUACGAGCAGGAGAUCCGCGAUCUGCGGCUGGCAGCGGAAGACGCCACUAACGAGAAGCAGGCGCUGCAGGGCGAGCGCGAGGGGCUGGAGGAGACUCUGCGCAACCUGCAGGCUCGCUAUGAGGAAGAAGUGCUGAGCCGCGAGGACGCCGAGGGCCGGCUGAUGGAAGCGCGCAAAGGUGCGGAUGAGGCCGCGCUCGCCCGCGCCGAGCUGGAGAAGCGCAUCGACAGCCUGAUGGACGAGAUAGCUUUCCUGAAGAAGGUGCACGAGGAAGAGAUCGCCGAGCUGCAGGCUCAGAUCCAGUAUGCUCAGAUCUCCGUGGAGAUGGACGUGUCCUCCAAGCCCGACCUCUCCGCCGCUCUCAAGGACAUCCGCGCUCAGUACGAGAAGCUGGCCGCCAAGAACAUGCAGAACGCCGAAGAGUGGUUCAAGAGCCGCUUCACCGUGCUAACCGAGAGCGCCGCCAAGAACACCGACGCUGUGCGCGCUGCCAAGGACGAGGUGUCGGAAAGCCGCCGCCUGCUCAAGGCUAAGACCCUGGAGAUCGAAGCCUGCCGGGGUAUGAACGAAGCUCUGGAGAAGCAGCUGCAGGAGCUAGAGGACAAGCAGAAUGCAGACAUUAGCGCCAUGCAGGACACAAUCAACAAACUGGAGAAUGAGCUGAGAAGCACGAAGAGCGAGAUGGCCAGGUACCUGAAGGAGUACCAGGACCUCCUCAAUGUCAAGAUGGCCUUGGACAUCGAGAUUGCAGCUUACAGAAAACUCUUGGAAGGCGAAGAGACCAGGCUCAGUUUCACCAGCGUGGGUAGCAUAACCAGCGGCUACUCUCAGAGCUCGCAGGUCUUCGGCCGUUCUGCUUACAGUGGCUUGCAGAGCAGCUCCUACUUGAUGUCUGCUCGCUCUUUCCCAGCCUACUAUACCAGCCACGUCCAGGAAGAGCAGACAGAGGUCGAGGAGACCAUUGAGGCUACGAAAGCUGAGGAGGCCAAGGAUGAGCCCCCCUCUGAAGGAGAAGCAGAAGAGGAGGAGAAGGAGAAAGAGGAGGGAGAGGAAGAGGAAGGCGCUGAGGAGGAAGAAGCUGCCAAGGAUGAGUCUGAAGACACAAAAGAAGAAGAAGAAGGUGGUGAGGGUGAGGAGGAAGACACCAAAGAAUCUGAAGAGGAAGAGAAGAAAGAGGAGAGUGCUGGAGAGGAGCAGGUGGCUAAGAAGAAAGAUUGAGCCCUAUUCCCAACUAUUCCAGGAAAAGUUCUCCCCAAUCAGGUCAACCUCAUCACCAACCAACCAGUUGAGUUCCAGAUCCUAUACAAAUUAAGAAGUCAAUACAUGUAUAAUUCUGAGAUGACUUAGGUUGGACUUUCAAUGUUGUGCUAUGAAUUUCCUCCUUACGCAGAGUAUCUGUUUGCUUGCAGAGUGGCUUUCUGGCUUGCUGCCAGCCUGUGCAUGGUCCAUGCUUAUGAGUUCAGGAUCUAUGGCAAUGUGAAUCACACAGAUGUUUACAAUAAUAAUAAAAAAAAAACCACACACACAACACGAAUAAAUGAAUUCACUAAUGUUCAUGUGCAACCUCAUGGGAAAAAUAGUAACUUGAAUCUUCAGUGGUUAGAAAUUAAAGACCUCGAGUUAUGUGCAAUAAAUAGUAAAUAAAGUUACACUGAAUGACAUAUUUUGCUGUGGUUUUUACUUAAUUAAAGUACCUUAAAUAAGGCACCAACAUAAACCAUAGGUAAGUGGACGACUGACCUCCAGUUUUUUAUAAAGUAAAAGUUGUAGUGAGUGCAGUAGAUAAUUGGACAUUCUGAGGGAUAGACAAAUAGGUCAAGUCUAGAAAAUAUUUCAAACGUUACUGAUAAUAAAUAUGAAUGAGACCAUUCAUAAAUAAGAGCGUCAUUCAGCAUGCAAAACACACAAUGCUAGCUGGAGGGAUGGCUUCCUAAAAGACGGUUUUGAAAUUAUGAUGGACUAUUAUAUAGUAGUGCAACCUGGAUGGACUAUGAAUCCCACACAGUUGUCACGGUGGUUACAUUUUUAAUAUAUCCUUGAAUAUCGGGCAUAAAUUGAAACCUGAGCCCAUGAUACAAUUAAGAGGAAUGUCAUGGGGGGGCGGAGAGGAGUAAGAUUAUCAGAGGUUAUCUGCCACUGCAAACAUGUUGCCUGGAAUCCUGAGCUCAUGAAUGGUGUGUUGUCUGCUUAAUUCUACUGCCUCACAUAAUUGCCUUUGAUGCUAUACAUUUAAAAACCCUUUAAAGACCACACAAGCAGAUAAUGGGAUUACAUUACUGUCACUUCUUGGGGGAGAGAAUAAAUUUGCGUGCUGCAUUGGUAUUGCUCUGCAUGUCUUAAUUGGUAACUAUUUGGAUUUCAAUGCCUGGUUGGACACUACAUCAUCUUUCCCCCAUCCAUCCACAUCCAUGGUAAAGCCACGACAAAGCUUGCACUACUUGUGUUUGGUGUGGAAUAUAGAUGACGUCUUUGCCUAUCUACAGCUCUGUUGUACUUCUGCGGCUCUGAUGUUCCUAGGAACUGCUUGGUUUGUUGAUUUCUUCACUACCUGUUUUUUAGACUUAGAAAUUUUAUCUAAAACUGAAGUGAUCUGCAAUUGAAGUCUCUUUGUUUCACUUACCUCUACUUGAAUAUGUUACUACACAAAUAGGCAAAGCAUUUCUUUAUCAUGAUGUGAGUUUGAACUAUGAAGGCUCUUGGCAUUCCUUUGUAGAUAGGAAGUUCCUUGUCUGCAAGCUUUUCACACAUGUCAGUCAUGAGUGAAUGCAAACAUCUGGUUGGUUUAUAAAAUACUUGAUUGAAGAACACAGUUCCAUAUUCAAUCCUGUGUGCCAUAAUAAAAUAUUGAAAAAAAAUCUAAAUUCAA